AUGAAGAACCUGCAAGACCAGCUCAACGACUGGUCGCCUGAAUCUGAAGGCUCGCCUAAAGUCGCGGAGAAGCUCUUGCAGUUGUAUCGCGACGAGAGUCUUGAGGGCUUUAUGGAUGUGGCGUAUGGGUUUACCGCACUGGCGUACAGUGCUGCUGGCGAUGCAGCCGGGGCGCUCAAGUAUGCGGAGAUGGCGAAGGAGGCGGUUUUGAUGAAAGACGGCUUGUGGAGCGCAAAUCUGCAGAUUUGGGAAGAGAUGUUGGCGGAUCUGAAGGAGCAUUGGAGUUGGCGCCGGAGGCUGUGA